AUGGAUAGUGGUGAUGAAGAUGAUCAUCAUCAAAGAGAAAAUGAUGGUAAUAAUAAUAAUAAUAAUGAUGAAGAUGAUGAGUUAGAUCAACAGAAUAUUGAUAAUGAUAACGAUGACGAGCAAGAAGUUGAAGAGCAACAAGUAGGUCCAGAUGGAAAGAAGCUUCGACCAUCACAGAUACUAUCACUUCAAAGAGCCAAAACAGUACAUGGAAAGAAUCCCACCUCUCUAGUUGAAAAGAUCGUUAGAAUAAAGAUACAAUCUCAUCCAUAUUGGAAGGAGAAAUGUAUGGGUUUAAAUGAGUCAACAUUGGUUGAUAGAGCAAUGUCGUUGAAUUCAUUCGGUGGUACGUUCGGAGGAAAUAAACAACCGACACACUUUUUGUGUUUGAUGCUAAAGAUGUUGCAGAUACAGCCGUCGAUGGAUAUCGUCGUUGAGUUUAUCACUAACGAAGAUUUCAAAUACUUGGAGCCGUUGUACAACGACUAUCGAACGAUUAGACUACAGUUGGACAUUGGAUAUAGAAAGCUAUCGAUGGAUGAGUUUGUCGAGGAGCUACUCACCACCAACUAUAGUCUAGACAUUGCAUUGCCGCAUCUUCCACCUCGUUCUUCACUCGAGGCAAAUGCAGGACUAGAGAAGCGUAUCAGUGCAUUGGUAGAGCUAGAGAAAAUCGAUAUCGAUGAUUUAACACAACAGGUCAUCGAUGAGUUGGAUCAACUCGAGAAUAAUAAUAAUAAUAACAAUAAUUCAAAUCAAGAGAAGACCAGUAAACCAAAGAAAUCUACAGAGAAAUCAGAAUCAGAUAUCACCAAUAAUAAUAGCAAUAACAACAAAGAAAAGUCAAGAACCAGUAAAGAUAGAAUGGAUAUAGAUAGAGACACUCGAGAUAGAGAUAGAGACAGGGACUAUCGUGACAGAGAUAUAGAUAGAAACAGAGAUAGAGACAGAGAUAGAGAUAGGGAAAGAGAGAGAGACAAAGACAGAGACUAUCGUGACAGAGAUAGAGAUAGAGAUUAUAGAGACAGAGACAGAGGUAGAGAUAGAGACAGAGACUAUCGUGACAGAGAUAGAGAUAGAGAUUAUAGAGACAGGGACAGAGAUAGAGAUAGGGAUGGAUACAGGGACAGGGUCUAUCAUGAUAGAGAUAGAGAUAGAGAUAGAGAUAGAGAUAGAGAUAGAGAUAGGGAUAGAGCUUAUGGUAGAGACAGAGAUGGAGAUGAAAGAGAUAGUAGAAAGAGAGAUAGAAGUCCAGUGAAAGAAAAGGAGCAAAUUUUAGGAGAAGAGAAAAUCAAAAAGAAAAAAGAUGUUUCAAAAUAUGAAAAAGGAUCAUCGUCUUUGUCGUCUUCGUCGUCAUCUUCUUCUCACAAGAAAGAGACAGAAGGAAAAUCAGACCAACAAGAAAUUGAUGAAAUGAAUGCACUCAGAGCUAAAUUAGGUCUAAAACCACUUAAACCAUAA